CCUCUCCUUACUUUUGAACUUCAUCUUUAUAUAUUGCUAUUGUCUAUAACUCCAACAGCCUUGUACAUACUUUUUACUCCUUAUUGCUCAGCCUUCUCAAACAACAUGCCUUCCAAACGUAUUCUCAGUCUCAAUCUGCUCGGCUACCUAUGCAGUGCAUCCGCCUUAGCAACAAACUUGGCCGGGACUUUCUCUGCCUACGCCGCAGCAACUUACAAUCUGGUCGAUACCUACAACAGCGGAAACUUUUUCUCAUCCUUCAGCUUCUACACGGGCUCGGAUCCCACUCAUGGCUAUGUAUCCUAUCAAUCUCAAUCCGCCGCUUCUAGCCAAGGUCUCAUCAACACGAACAACGGUCAAGUUUAUCUCGGCGUUGACCAUACCACCGUGAAUCCCUCUGCAGGCCGGGCCUCCGUUCGAAUUAGCAGCAACAAAGCCUAUACUCACGGCCUCUUCAUUGCCGACAUCGCCCAUAUGCCGGGUUCCAUUUGUGGCGUCUGGCCCGCCUUUUGGCUCUUUGGCCCAAACUGGCCCAACAGCGGCGAGAUAGAUGUCAUCGAGGGCGUCAACCUCGCUGGCACAGACCAGAUCACCUUGCACACAAAAGCAGGCUGCUCCAUCAAUACUGCUGGCUCACAAUCCGGCACUACUUUGGUUAACUCCAACUGCAACCAGGACAAUGGCAAUACCGGAUGUGGCGUCACGACUACGACUGCAAAUGCCUACGGCAAUAAUUUCAACAACAUCGGAGGGGGUGUUUAUGCCAUGCAAUGGGAAAGCUCCGGAAUCUACGUUUGGUUCUUCCCGCGAGGUAGUAUUCCCGCUGAUAUCACGAGCGGGAGCCCAGUGACUGGAAACUGGGGCCUGCCAAUCGUAGCGUUCAAUGGAGGGAGUUCGUGUAAUAUUGACUCGUUCUUCUCGAAUGAGAAUAUUGUGUUCGAUACGACGUUUUGCGGUGAUUGGGCUGGAAGUGUUUGGGGAAGCAGCUCCUGCGCCAGUUUGGCCAGCUCGUGUAACUCGUACGUGGGGGCAAAUCCAGGGGCUUUUGCUCCAGCUUAUUGGACGAUCAAUUCUGUGAAGGUCUAUCAGCAGUGAGGUGAAGCUGUUUGUAAGCCGUCGCCGGGAGGUUGUGGAUUCGAUUCAUAUACCUAUUUUGUGACGAGGUGCAAAUGGCGUUUUAACUGAAUCAAAAUUCAGAAGCGUUUGCCUCUCCCGGAGGCACGCCCAAGAUUGGAAACUCCUACGGAGCCGGUCGUUAUGGAGUUCCAGCUGCACCCUAAUUGCUCUGAGAAUGGCCCCAAGACAGUCGAACAAGAGAAUUACCAAUGGGUUGGCCCUGC